UUGUAUAAAUUGGAGGAGCAGAUUCCUUGCUGGCCUCAGAGAGAGGUGCUGCUCCUUCUCCUUCCUCCCUACCAAGAGUUUCCUGGGUCUUCCCCAAAGCCAGGAUGAAAGUCUUCUUCAGCCUGAUCAUCUUCUCUCUCUUGCUGACUACAUGUCAAGGAGCGUGCUUUGUAGGUCCCUUUAAGGUUGAGUUUAUAGAUGGUAAAGUAGUGAAGCCAAGCACAUGUCUUGAUAGACAUGAUGGGACAAAGCAUCUCAUUGGGUCCACUUGGAACACAGCUAAUUGUUUAAGAUGCGGGUGCGAUAAAGAUGGAAUGGAUUGCUGCCACAGAUAUGGUGGUCUUGCAAGUGUUGAAGGGUGCACAACGGUGAUAAAUCCAGAAACAUGUGAACAUGAGCACUAUCGACUAGAUGACCCAUCGCAGCGCUGUGGUGUCUGAUCUCCACACAUGGACGAACCGGAAUAAAUCUCCUAUGUGCAAAUGAACCGGAAUAAAUCUCCUAUGUGCAAAUGAACCGGAAUAAAUCUCUUGCACCAGCAUCUUAAA